UUUUAAAUAAUAAAGAUUUUUCAAAGGCAAUGAUAUAAAAUUUAUUCGUAGGAAUUCGCUUGUCGUUCGUGUUUUUUUUUCACAAAGAAAAUUUCGUAUUCUUGCCGAAAAAGAAUUUCAUAAAAUUUCAAGUUGCAGAAGACAUUUCAAUCAGUAAUGAUUAUCUGCAGAAAUCAUGGAUAAAAUAAAAUUUAAAGUUAUUGGUGUAUUGAAGGAACGAGAUGAGAAAAUAAACAAUUUGGAGUGGACAAGGGAGUGGCUGAAGAAGUAUCAACAUGAAUUUCUCAAUAAGGAAAACAUACGCAAGGAGCUUUUAUUUCGCAGCAAUGAGAUUUACCAUUUAAAUUGCUUUUUCAACAUUACGGAAAAACAGUUUCGUUAUUUGGUCAAUAUUUUGGAGCCUCUAGUCACUAUUUUAGAACCUCAUCGGAAGAAAAAAUCAUUUAGUGCAGAAGAACGCAUUUCUAUAACUCUGAAGUAUUUAGCAACGGGUGAAGUCAACUCAUGUCGCAACUAUUGCUUUCGUGCAUCAAAGCCUGUCAUUGUCAAAAUGAUUGCCGACAUUUGCCAAAAAAUGUAUGAGCUAUUAAAAGAUCAGUAUCUGUACUUGCCAAAAACAGAAGAACAGUGGCUAGGAGUUGUGAAUGGCAUGCAGAAAAGUCAUCACAUAUCCAAUUGUCUGGGCAACAUAAUAAUGCGUCAAGUAUCAUUUUACACGCCACCCAAUCAGCCGGUACGGCCCAAAUCAUUCCAGAAAGACAACGAGGAGGACAAAUCUAUUCAAAAGCCGCCGCUUAUAUUAACCACAAUAGUGGAUGGGAAUUACAAUUUCCUAUAUGCGGAUGUUGAAAAAACUAAAGCGAAAUUUUACGAUCAAAUAUAUGAAAAGUCGAAAAUUUGCAAACUUAUUGAGGAUGGAUCACUUGCUGUACCUAAAACUGCGUCAGCUUUGGCGGGAUCCCUUAAACAUUGUGAUAUUAAUCCAUAUUUCUUUAUAGGCAGCGUGUGUCUGCCAGACAAACCAUACUUACUAUCAAAAUCUCAGUUGCCAAGUAACAGUCAUUUUGACAAUACACCCAAUUCUCCGAAUUUGAAUUCAGCCGGUCAGGAGACAAAUGACACUUUGUGCAUCCUCUCCAACAUGUUUCCAGUAUUGGCCCAACCAUUGCGCCUGUGUGAAGCAGAUGCACAAAAAAUCAUAAUGGGCAGUGUGGCUCUUUACAAUUAUCUGCGUAAAAGUGAUGCUGACUAUUGCAAACUAACCAAUAAAAUCAUAUUGCGCGCCAGUGGUGAUAAGCUGUUGGCCGAAGAUGAUGACUGCAUACUCGUUGACAACGAAGAUGAACGGAAGGAACGUGAAGAGUUUACACCAAAUGUAUGUGUUUCAACAUGCUUUCGCUCGUUGAACAAACAGCGCAAUGGCACUUCCGCCGACUUUUCAAAUGGAGAUAUGAUUCUUUAAUGAUUCAUUUUUUCCCAACAUAAUAUAGUUUAAAAAAUAUUUGCUUCAUUUUUAUUUUUAUAUUUAUUUUUAUAUUUAUUUUUAUAUUUUAUUUUUUGUUGCAUGUAUAUUUGUCUGAGCUGUAAAUGAAUCAUUAAAUUUUGAAUUAAUUCGCGAAUUAUUUCUGCACUGAAUUAGCAAAUUUUGAAUUAAUUCUUUUCACACAUAAAAAGAAGAAUUUAAUGAAAUUUGAGUCAAUUCAAAUGAAUUUGGUAAAAAUGAAUUGCAAUUCAUUUCCAAAUCCAAUGAAUUGCAAUUCGUUUCUAAUUCAAAUGAAUUUGUCAAAGUGAAUUGCAAUUCAUUUGAAUUGAAUAGCGGCAGAAUAGGAAUUGAGUUAUUAGUUAUCGGCGAAAUUCUAUCGGAAUGGGAAUAUUUUGUUUAUUUACUAAAAGAAACUUAAAUUUUUAUUUUUCAUUCCCUCUAGAUCUGCUCUUGCAUUUCAUUGAUUGCAA